UUAAAGGAGCUACAGUUUUACUUUCAGCAUUUCAUUUGACAUUGUAUUCAUUUGAGUUCUUGGGAAGUGUGUUUCGCGUCAACUCAGAAAAGGUACAACACUUUAACACCUCGUCUUUAAUCAAAUACAGCGUUGGCGUCCUGGAAUUAACGCUACAUAACAGGCCGACGCUAAUGCUAGUCAAUUAGCUAGCAUAACUUCGGUAACGCCACGCACAUUUAGUUGUGACGUCCUGCUGCCAUAAAGUUAGCGUAUUAUUUUUAACAGAAAGUCUGUGUUUGUUCACAACAUAAAAAAGCUUAUCUGACAAUAAACGUGAAAUUAAAACUUUUGUCUUCAACGUUGCGAGUCAUGGCAGCGGAUUGGUUGGGUAGUUCGGUGUCAAUUAACUGUGGGUCAACACUGGGAGUCUAUCAAGGAGAAGUGGCGUCUGUGGACCAGUCGAGCCAAACUAUCUCAUUAAGGCAACCUUUUCAUAAUGGAGUCAAGUGCCCUGUUCCCGAGGUCACAUUCAGUGCCAUUGAUAUAAAGGAACUCAAGAUUUUAGAUAUCAGAAAUGGCAAUCCUAGGAACAGCUCUUUUGCAACUACAAAGGCAGGUAGUGCUCCAGUUACAGUCCCAAAGGGUGACCCCAGAUCUGUGGAGAAACUCAACUCUCCUCAGCACUGCUCCAAAAGCUAUGGAGAACGUCACCUGGACAUACCUGUCCAGCCAAAAGGAUUUCGUAGAAGACACAACUCCUGGUCAUCAAGUAGUCGAGGGGCAAACCAAGUGACGCCUAAGAAGAACGGGGUGAAGAAUGGUCAGAUUAAGCCCAGAGACGACGAGUGUUUCGGAGAUAGCACGGAGGACGGACUGGAUACAGACUUUGAUUUUGAAGGAAACUUGGCUCUGUUUGACAAAGCAGCCGUUUUCUCAGAAAUCGAUAUAUCAGAACGGCGUAAUGGUGCAAGGUCACGUGGGACUCCUCAAGAUCAGACGCCCACACGCUAUCGUCAUGAUGAAAACAUACUGGAGACCAAACCUGUUGUGUACAGACAGAUUACUGUACCGCAGCCUGGGGCCAAAGAGUACUGCACCGAUUCUGGGCUUGUUGUGCCCAGUGUAUCCUAUGAACUACACCAGCGUCUGUUGUCAGUCGCUGAGCGACAUGGUCUCUCACUGGAGCGAAGACUUGAGAUGACUGGAGUGUGUGCAAGUCAGAUGGCACUUACAUUGCUGGGUGGGCCCAACAGAUUCACUCCAAAAAAUUUGCACCAGCGUCCCACAGUUGCUUUGCUGUGUGGGCCGCAUGUUCAGGGUGCUCAGGGCAUCAGCUGUGGUCGCCACCUGGCCAAUCAUGAAGUGGAGGUCAUCUUGUUUCUGCCCAAUUUUGUCAAGAUGCUGGACUCGGUCACCAGCGGGCUCACCCUCUUUAACAAAACGUGUGGCAAACAAGUGUCAAGUAUCAAAGACCUUCCGGACACUCCCGUGGACUUGAUCAUAAACUGCCUGGAUUGCCACGAGAACACAUUCCUGAUGGAUCAGCCUUGGUACCGAGCAGCUGCAGACUGGGCUAACCAGAACCGAGCGCCAGUGCUCAGCUUAGACCCUCCUGGUAGUGGAAAGGGACAGGCGGUCGAGGCCAAGUGGUCCCUCUCUCUCUGCCUCCCCCUUCCCCUGGCUGAGGGGGCUGGUAGGGUUUACUUGUGUGACAUAGGUAUUCCUCGCCAGGUGUUCCAGGAAGUCGGAAUCAAGUACAUUUCUCCUUUUGGCUGCAAAUUUGUCAUCCCCUUGCACUCUGCAUAAUGGGGCAAGUGGUACACAAGACCCCUCUGUGACCACACACAUGGUUAUGGAGACGUAUAUUCCAGAGUUCAUCCAUUACGGUUCUAACUCUUCAACAUGUGAAUGGGACCACUAUUUUGUGCUUACGUUCUACAAGGAAUAAGUUCUAUGGGUAUGAGCUUUAUUGAAAAAGUAAAUGUGUCGACCAUCAGAGGCUUCAACCAUCAUGUAGAUACUAAUGUAUUUACAUGAUACUAAAAUAGAUUUGGAAGAUAGAUUUUUUUUUAAAUACAACUGAAGUGUCAAACAAUACCAUAUUGUGUUAAGUAGUUUUAGAUUGAAUAGGACUUUGACUUAACAUGCUGAAUGUCACUGCAAUCUAACCUCCUUCCAAAGCCAUCUAGUGAACUCAUGGAGAUCUACCAUAUGAUACAUGCAAAGGCGAUGUCAUUACAUUAAUCUUAAUGGGACAAGAUAAAUCCAACUUGCAUUGGUGCUACUAUUGCUCAUGUAUUGGCUUUAUAUUCUGCCAUACUCAACAGCACUCUGUAACUCGUCUGAUGUUUGGCAUUGAAAAUCCAGUGAAGAACAUUUGGAAUAUUUGUCGUUUUGUAUUUUCCAUCUAAGCCUGCAUUGAAUGGAGCAGCUUCUGCAGAUAAUCUUUAUAUCGGCUGUUUUGUUUGUUGAUGGUAAAUUAGGCAGUAAUGAUAAGGCCUUUUGAUAGGAUGACACGGCAUGCAAAUCCUCUAGCAAUUUAGCUUUUUAGGGGGUUACAAAAUGUUCGAAGUAAAUGUGAUAACAUAGAGCGAUGAUGAGGUGAGCCUGUAAGGCAAUUUACUCCGUCAUUCGUCGCAUGAAACAUUCGGCAUCCAUCCAUCGCCAGCAGUUGUAUGAAGUUAGACCUUUUGUUAAACGAAAAUAUAUUGUGAUCCCAUGUUAGUUAGUUUAGUCUAUAAUCUUAAAAUGGCUUAUAGGAAAUGGUGUUUGUUGAAUGUCGCCAAAAAUGUGUAUAUAGAAUCGAUAUUGCAUUGUUUUUUAAACCCAUGAGGCGAGCCACACGACACACCGACUGUUCCAAAGCUAGAUGUUUAGUUGUUUGAUUAGUAAUCAAUGUCAAUAAGAGGUUUCUUGGGAAGAAAACCUGGAUAUUUCAGUUUCCCUUUGGCUCUUUAUUGUAACUGCUGAAGGACCAUACCAGUGUGUUUGUUUCAGUUCCUAAUUACAAACCAUUUGUUUAUUUUUACAUCAAAUAUUUGUUAUAUUGGUUGCCAAUUACUACUGUGUAGUAUUAAAAACAAUCUGUUAAUCAAUCAGACAAAUCCAUCAUCGUGAACAUAAAGUCUACGGGAGUGAAAUAAUAAUUGUGUGGUGAUGUUGUUUAGUUGCAGAUUUUGAAAGUAGACCGCAUUGAUGACACGCCAAGGAAUGCAUACGUGGCAUUUGUCCUAAUAGAUUUUCAUGUUUGGAAAGAAUAGAGCCUUCAAGACGUAUACGUCUAAAUGUAUAAAACACAGUAUUAUGGUUUGCAGUUGUGAUAUAAGAUGCAAGUGAUUUGUAAUGAAUGGCGGUAUGGUCCUUUUAAGUUUCAAACCGCCUUGCAGUUUACAUUUGAGCAUUUAUUUUAUUUUAUCAAAGUUGAGUUGUUUGACAUAACUAGUUUUAUAAAGCAUAAAUGCUCUAUAUUUUGACGGUGAAUGUCUUUCUGGGCGAUUUGUCUCGAUGAUCAAGAUGCAACUAGCAGUACUGAGUACUCUGAACCAAAUGUAUUGUGGUUUUUGUUACGAGAUAUUGCGAAACAAAGAUAUUUUCAUUAAUUCCCCCUGCCUUUAAGAGUGGUUGUUUGUGUACCUAACCACCGAUGGUAUUUCUAAAGUUUAGACCGUGAAAUAUAAUGCGGGCAUGUAUGUUUCUCUAAUGCCACAUCUAGUUGACAUGAAAGUCAAAACCCUUUUCUUGUUCUUUGACAUGAUUACAUUCAUUUUUUAAAUGUGUCCAGAGCAGAGACUGUUUUAUGAAGGUUUCUGGACCUGCGAAAUGCAUACAUGUAAUGAUGUAAUACUGUGUUUACACAUAGAGCUCACAUGUGCACAUUAACGUGCACAGGAUUCAGUGAAAACUACCUUCAUGCACAAAGGGUUUGUCCUUUCUCCAGCAUUCCUCCGGCCUGAUGUGUUCCGUCUCAUCUGUUGAGACAAGUCUGGCUGGGAACCAUCAGCCAGCGUCACUGGAUGGUUGAGUCGAUAUGGUCUUUGGCCGCCAGGGGGCCAACACACCAAGUCUCGUGGCUCUUUCCUUAUUCUGUUGUAAUGGCAGCUUUAUGUACUAUUUCCUCUUACAAAUGUGUUUUUUUUCCUUCGAUAUGUGCUCGCUCAGAAACCACGAGGUGAUCUGGGCUGUCUGGCGGCCUGGCAUUUGUUUUUGAAGUAACUUUGUUUUAACGCAGGUUACGCUUCUUGAGAUUUACUUUACAUGUUUCACAUUCUCAGAUCUGUAUGUUGUUGAGUCCUUGCGAGACUAGUUUUCAGUUCAGAAAAUAAGAUCGCAUGAAGCAGCCAGUGGGAGGUUGUGUCUAGACUGAGAGACCGUUUCCUUUCGGGAGCGAAGUUCACUGUCUUGUGCAAAAAUACUGUCAUAUGACCGAGACAAAAUAAAACAUGUAACAACAAGUUGA